UUUUUAUGACCUUAAUCCGAUUAAAGUCAUACUCGAAGUAAACACAAAUCGAAUUAAGACGUGUGGAGUAUUUCUAUUUUAGUCGCGUUAUCGACGUGCAUUACAGACAUGUACGCACCUUCAUCACACUAUUAACGUCGUGUGGAAGUUUUCACCGCAUUUUGCGACAGGACACGUACACAAACGGCGGCGCUCAACCGUUUGACGGCAAACAAGAGAGCACGGCUGCGUCCCAAACCGCGUACUUACCUACUAUAUAGUAGGAGAAAUACAUGUAUCUGAGCUACUAUAUAGUAGGUAAGUACGCGGUUUGGGACGCAGCCCACGGCUUCAAGCAGUCGUCUAUUUGCACGUACAGCACGACAAAUAAUUAACCGCACUUGAAGCUUUCAUAAAAUUAAAAAUAAAAACACCCAAAACUGUAUACGGUCCCAUAACGAAGACGAACUCUAUGUCUAUACGUGAAAUUCUGGGGGGAACGUCGGACGGCGUGGCGUGGGGGCGUAAUGACGUGUGCCGUUAAUCCAUCUAUGUUCUAUAACAUGUAAAACCUGAACAUGAAAGGAGUAUUCUAAAAGCGACUCAUGUAAACACCUUAAUCACAAUACUGUCUUAUUCAGAAUAAGAUCAAUAAUUACAUUACUGCCCUCCAUGUAAACGUAGUCAUUGUUAUGAAUUUAACGAGUGCAUGUCUAUGUUGUAUGCUGUACUGAUCUAACCGAUCUAGCGGGGUGUUUUCUUUGGCUUUUACAGGCUGGAGGUUGGGAAUGAAGUUCCAAAUGAGUCGGUUACAAAGCGAUCGUUACGAAUCGCUGACAACGGAGACUCCUUCCAAACACGCCGAGCGUAAUAAAUAAACGUCUUUAAAUGCCGUAUCAACGAUUAUUUUUCUUUGUUAAAUAACAGCACUUUUUUUUGUUUUGUUUUUUUCGAUCCGUUUAUUAUUAGAUUACGUCUUGCAAGUCCUCAGGUGUUACUAUCGAAACGAUAAAAUAUACGAUAAACCUAUCGUUUGAAUCAACUAGUCAGAAUUGCUGUUGUAGAAAAUUAAACCAACACCUUCUGACCAAUCAGAAUGAACAAUUCAACAGCCUCCUAUUUUUUGUUUGUAAGUUAUUAGGUGUCUGCUACAUUGUUAUACGAUUGCAUAUUAAGUGUGUAUAAUGUUUCUAGUUGCAAACUAAGCCAGCAGUGAAGCGGUGCAAUCAUGCAUGAAGCGUUAAGAACCAAAGAUCAACGUUAACGUCAUCAACAAUCGAUCGAUCGAUGUUUUGGUGUGGUUUUUUUUUUUUUCUGUUCAACGUUGUGUUGCAUGAAAGUAGUCGUCGGACUUCCCCCGGUAGCUCGCACAUGCUCAGUAGCGUGCGCAAAGUAUCGCUAAUCGAAGGAGAGACUCUGAACGGUCGGCAACGGCGGCGCGAGCUCGACGUGUUGUUUGCAAUUCAAAAUGCAGCCUGCAUCUACGUAUGUUGCGGUCUGAAGCCGUCACACGGUAAAACGAUGUGACUCCGUCUGGCAUUCAGUCUUCCUGCUAUGAGCCGAGAUCCGUCGGCGUGAGAGCGUGAGAUUAAUGGAAGGUGUGACGGAAGAGUUGAGGGAACAGUCGGAGAAAGGGCAGGAUGAGAUAGGACCCACUUUAGUAAACGAUACGCUCCCGGUCGGGAAGGACGAUCCGUCCGUCCCUACGGUCAUGGAUCCGGGCGAGGACGAGACGGAGCCGCCUCCCGAUUGGCUGGAGCCGUUGGAGGACUGUGACGACGAGGGUGAUGAAGGUGUGGAGAUUGACAGGAGCAGCAAGCGAAGAAGCAGAAGGGGCAAUAAUACCUCGAGGAGACGAGGGAGGCCGUCGGUGUCUUCGAACAGCGUCUGGGUGGAUUGUCCUGACCUGGGAAGUGGCUGGAAACGAAAAGUAAUCUUCUGGCGUGCGGGAAAAAGUGCUACGUACUACAUGAGUCCCAAAGGUAUCCGCUUUAGGAGUAAAGUCCAACUUGCCAAACAUCUCAAAGCUGACCUGGCUCUCUUUGACUAUAAAGAAGGAAAGUUUGUGGAUGCUAUUAUCCCAAGAAAGCGCCGAAAAGUCCGUGUGAAAGAAGAAACCAGACGCUCCAGUCUUUCUUCCUCCAGAGCCACUACUCCAGACCUGGACAAAGCUCGCACCUUGGAAAACCUAGCCACGCCUCCUCAGAACGGGCCUCUCAGUCCUCAGAGACCCCAACUCAUCCCUAUAACUCCGUCCACCUCUCCAACUCUAAAGACCUCCUACAGAAGCCCUCCAGAGCUUACUCGCGUCUCCCCCACCAUUCUCCAGCAGCCCAGCCCUUCGCCCUCGCUCAAACUGGAUGAUCUCUCAGUUCAAAACAACUCGGUAUCUCAGUCCUGGCUCCAGUCCUCUCUGGCCCCUGUCAGCCCCACCAAAACCCCUGAGAGUGACUUCCCCACGUACCCAAAUGGCCAGAGUGCCGCGAAAGACUCCCCGUACCUCCACCCACACCCUCAGACACAGCUGGCUCUGGACCCUGAAGGAGGAAUGCAGGAUCAUGGCCUCCCUCCUCUCGAAGGCUGUGCAAACUGUGGCUGUAAAUACACUGGGAUGGGUAGUGGGAAGCAUCUGCUGUGUCCCAAAUGCAGACCAAGGAGAAAUCAACAUCCUCAUAUUGUCUUCAGGAAGGUGGGACAAGAUAGGUGGAUUCUGGGAAACACCAAAAACGACAAUUCCCUUAAAAAGAAGAUACCUCAGUUAGGGAAGAGACGCCAUCCUUCUCGGUCUCUCAGAUUGAUGGCUCAACAGGAAAAAGAAAAGGAAGUGAUUAAGAAGGAAGUGCAGCAGGACAGUGACGACGACGACGACGGGCCCGAUGCUGGACCCGAUGAUGAUGAUGAUUACGGUCCAAGGAAACGCAAACGGCGAAUGUGCGGUCAGUGUAAAGCUUGCCUUCGUAACGAGAACUGCGGAAAAUGCGAUUUUUGCCUGGACAAGACCAGAUACGGUGGCCCGAACAAGCUGAGGCAGAAAUGUCGGUUUCGUCAGUGUCAGGUUCGGUCCCGCCUUCAGACAGGGUCACUUAAAUACGCCAGAUCUGUCGGCUUGGCGGACUCGGGACAAGGUGAGCCGAGCCCCCGGAAGCACGGCAGACGCUGGGGGAGGCGUAAAAUGAAGCGUCGCUCGAGAAGCAACACGUACUGUACGGACGAUGAAAACGAUGACGAGGGCAAACACGGAGGAGGCAGGCGUUCGGUCAGGAAAGGACGAAAGGGCAGGCCGAGGAAAUAUGUGCGGCGUCUUAAACGUGUGAAGGAUGAGGAAGAGGAUAAGGUGUCGGAUCCAGAGAUCGAGGACGGAGGACCAGGCGAUCUGGAGCAGGACCCAUUUGUGGUGUGUGAUGAUGGCAGCAGUGGUUUUUACGAGUCUGAAGAGUUCUUCUCAAACAACUACAUUCAGAAUGGUGCUGACCUUGACGUUCUCAGGAGCACUGGACAUCAGCCAGUGGAGGUGGAAUACACUGAGCUUCCUCAGGGCCCACAAUUGGUGUACACCUUACCAGGGCUUCCUGAUGGCUCUCAGCUGCUGAGCUCAGUCCUGCCUAACGGUGUUCCACUUCAGCUGAGUGCUGUGCCAGGCACACACGUGCCCCUGAUGCUGGAAGAUGUGCCGGGCAAAGCUGCCCCUCAGCAACACUCGGAGGUCCUGACCAGCAACGGCACGUCCCUGCAGCUCAGUGAUUUUCUGAGGAAUCAUGGAUUGGAGCUAGUCGAGGUGGAUACAACCAUCCCACAUAUCCUUCCAGCUCUUCCUAGCCAUGAACCAGAGCGCCAGGGUGAACCGGCGACUCUGGAUGCAUCGCCUGAGAUCUACAGCCUUCCGGACUCUACUGAGAGUUCCUCGGUCCGGGACUCGGGACUGCUGGAGCUGCUGACUUCUCUACGCCGCACCAUUCUCCCUGCUCACUGGGUGGGGGUGAUGGCUAAUGGGCCAAUCCUGCAGCUCUUCCAGUGUUCCAAGCUCUCGCCCAUGGCUGACACGGUGCUGCAGAUCGAGCCGGGCUUCCUCUACCAGAUCAGCGUGCAGAACCAGCCGCUGCUCCCGACGCACGCCUUGUACGAACGCCAUCCGGCCCGCCUUACGUCCGUCAGCCAAGUAGUGACCCUGCUGCUCGACCUGGAGGAGCUGAACGUGUGUCAGGGCUACCAGAGCUUUGAGGCGAACUCGCAGCGUGAGCCACUGCUCUGUGCGCGUGCCGCGUUGUGCCAGCUGCUCGUCCCGCAGGAUGAGGACUGCUGCGAUAAAUGCCAGGAGUGCAACCCUGUCAUAACGAGCUAGUGCACGAAGCUCGGUGAAAGUCUGUGAUCAAACAGGGGAGAUCUGAAAGUCGUUACACUUCACUGGUUUAUUGU